AAAAAUUCAGAGCGUUUCUUUUCUGAUGAAACUACAACCGCUAUUUCGGAAUACAUAUUUCAAGGAGAGAAUAAACAUUACAGACGAAAAGAGAAAAGAUGUUUCAUAAAAUGGGAAAUUUAAUUCGACCAGCAUGUCACGCGACAAGACUCGGACGUCGCUCACUUUGCUCCAAACGGAACAUACCCGUCGAAUGGCGUCGUGGGGAUUUGUGGUCUGAUUUCUUUAAGGGGCCGCUUCCUUUCGGCGGCCCCUGGCGACAUCAUUUCCGGGAGAUGGAGGACGCAAUGCGCGCAAUGGAAAAACAGUUUGACCGGAUGUCCCCUCGAGCGUUUGGGGAAUCGUUUUACCGGCGGCCGACGCGUCUCUCGGAAGCGGCCGAGGAGGCAAUGACUAACCAAGUGUCGAAGGUACGUUAUGACGGUAAGGCGUUUGAAGUAACGUUAGACGUCAAAAACUUCUCCCCCUCUGAACUGGAGGUGCGCCUAUCCGGGGGCCGACUCACUGUGCACGGGAAACACGAGCAGCGUGCUGACGAACACGGGUAUGUGACACGAGAGUUUCAACGGGAAUUUUCAAUACCACAGGAAGUGGAUGCGGAAAGUUUCGAGUCAUCAGUGUCAGAAGAAGGUUUGCUGACUAUACGCGCCAACGUGAAAACGUCUGAACAACCAGUGGAAAAGAAAAUAGAGGUUAAGACGGCGCCCGGAAAACUGGAGGCGAGCGAGGAAAAGUCGUAGACUUGACGGUUCUUUUGUUAUGAUAGAAUGGAUAUGUUUCAAUGAUUCAUUGUUUAUGACAGCCUGUUUUUCUUAAAAAUAGUAUUGACAGUUAUGAAAAAGCAAUCAAAGUGUUUCUUCAUUUUGUCAGUUUAUGUGUGCCAUUGACGUGUUCAUUGUUUUGUUGCCGGUUCAAAACUAGUUCGGAGUACUGUAGUUUAUUUAGAUUCCAUUUUUGUGUUCUAAAUAAAGGUCGUUUAACAUAAGUAUUCUACAUGAAGUUCAUUCCAUUUCAUGUAAAACAUUCAUUAUUUUUAUUGUUUCAAUUAUUUCAUUAUCAGUUUUGGUGACUUGUAUAUCUGUGUUAAACCACAUUAUUUAAAAGCUGCCAUGAUAGUUAUCACUGGCGAAAUAAAUUGAAGAAAAAAACA